UGUUGCUUAUUUUUAUUUUAUAAAAAAAUAAAUUACUUACCUGUACAUUUAUAACAAUUAAUAACUAACAUGCCGUCAGGCAGACAAAAAUCGACAUGUGGUGGGAAAGGAAAUCGGGGCAUGUUCAUCGACCGAACCCCAAAGAUUUGUGCAGCAGGCUUACCGUCUGCACAGCCAGAUAAUCAACUCGCUGAUAACUUGAAACACUAUCUACUGCAAGAGGGGGUAGAUGCACUCAUCGGUGACUCUAUCAAACCAACUGAAAUACCAAAACCUCCUGCACCCCUACGUCGUCCUGCACCACCAGAUAUGCGUAACGCGGGCAUAGGUGGAGAAGCUGCAAGUCUUAUACACCCGCCUUUUCAAACCAAAUUUAAAACUCUUGUUGAAGAUUUUAAGGAGACGUCUUAUGCUUCCUAUUGGAAGAAAGCAAUUGGAAGGGUCCCAGAUCCAGUACCGAAUUUACCGGAAGGUCUUGAUGUUUAUAACACGACUUUUGGUAUGAAGUCACCUCACAUUUCAUUAUAUGAUUUAGUAUUUCCAAAAAUACCCAUUGAAGGCCAAACGCCGGUUACAAAACUACCCGCUACUAAAAUAAGUCGUAAUUAUUGUGAACCACCAUUCAAUCCAGACUUCACAUACGGACACAGAAGUCAUACUGACCAACGUGGAAUACAUGUUAAACGAUGCUUGACUGAUGAUAAGAUCAUUGAUGGUACAGCAAAUCGUACGAUUUUAAAUACAGUCCAGUCCACGCAUCAAGAUUCUAGCAAAUCUAGACUAGGAAAGGUGUUAACACCUAAUAAUAAUAUAAACAAUGUUCCAAAGGGUUAUGCAUUUGGAAUAUUAAGUAAACCUGAUCAUGUUGAACAGUGUCUGAGCUUCUGUAAGCUUAAUCCAGAACGUGAAUUCUAUAGGAAAUGCUUAGCUCAUCUCAAUACUGUUCGUAAAUGUUUGUCAAAUCGAUUUUUGCCCAAAUUUUUUAUCGAUUUUUAUUUAAGACUUAAAUAUUACGAUUGUGAAAAAUCUGGUUGGCUACAUCGAGACAUUGUAUAUAACUUAUGUGCCUCGAAGUUGAUAAGGUUUGAUUCUUCUUUAAUAGAACCAUUAUUGACAAAGUGGCAAGCUUUCGAUGGAGAAAAUAUUGACUAUAAAUUUUUUACGCAUAUUAUUAAUUUUAAAGAAGCCAUUAAAUGUAUUCCUCACAUUCCCGAUUUACCGCCUGAAUGUACCGACUAUUGUACUACUUAUAAUGAAACGUUUAAACCUGAUCAAGAGCGAGAUAUCUCUCGUAUGGCUGGAGUUCCCUCUGGGAGGUUCUUUGACUUAGAUUAUCCCAUUACACCUAAUUACUACUGCAAAGCCCAUAGAACCUACUUACCACAAGAGUCUGAUGUCAAGUCAUGUCUUUCUCCUAGUGUUCUCGCUUUAAUGAAUGUCAACCAUCGCGACAUGUAUGCCAAACGUGAACCAGACCUCGUGAAGAAAGUAUUCAGAGCUGCUGGAGAGGAUUUUAGUGAUGAAAAAUUCAAUGAAAUUUGGGAGGAGGCUAAAAAAUAUCAUUCCCAAGGCUGGGUCUGUUAUGAGACCUUCAAAAAGGCGUUGCAGAAAUUUUCCGAAAAGGAAAAUUUUACGACUGAAUGAUUAAAGAAGAGAUUUAAAAAGAUACUUUUCCAAUUACUACUUUCAAUAUGUCGCCUUUAGGUGAUUAUAUAUUUAGUAGUGAGUCCCGAGAUAAGGAUGUAAUAUUAAGUAAUUAUCGUAUAAUU